AUGGAACUGGCCGAUAUAGCCGACAAAGAUAUAUGGGUGUCCAAGUUCAAAUGCUUGACUGCUACUCUUGAGGAUGUUGCCUGUCAGAAGGCCAUUCUGGCUCAGAAUCAUAAAUGGAGUGAUAUUGAAAACCUUCCCAAACAGGACAAACUUGUAUUCGAAACUUGGAAUACCAUCCCCAACACUUAUAUAAACAUGAAAAAGUAUGCAUUUGGAGUCCUGUCGAUCUUUGGCUCCACAUAUGUAUGUGAGCAGGUCUUCUCCAACAUGAACUAUAUUAAAAACAAACAUCAGUCACGCCUCACAGAUGACAACUUGCAAGCCUGUGUGAAAAUGAAGGUAACGUCUUAUAGCCCUGAUGUGCAGACACUGUGUACUGAGGUUCAGGAGCAAAAAUCCCAUUAA